UGGCAGCCAUAUUGGAUUUCGUGACUGAACGUACCGGGGGGGGGGAGCCCGAAGUAAACAAAAAAUGGCUGGCAAAAAAAUUAAAAUUAUAUCAGUGAAUGAAUCAUCGCUUGUCGACUUGAAAGCUGAGCUUUAUCGUAAAGAAACGCAGUUGAAACGUAAUAAAGUUGAUGGCAAUCAGCCUAAGAAAGCACCUAUUUGGCAAAAAAAGAAAGAAUCUAAGGUGAAAACUAGAAACACUGGUAGUGAAACUAAAUCAUUAAAAGACAAAUCCUAUGACAAAGAGUUGGAGAAAUCCAGGUUGAUGUUAGAAGCCAAAUCAGCUCUCUAUGAUAAACUGUCUAAUGGAGAAAUUGAAGUUCCUUCAGAUGAGGAUGAACAAGACGGGAGAUUUCUGGUGGACUUUCAUAAAAAAAGCUUGCCUAAGAAUGUGGAUGAAGUUGACAAGAGUAACAUUGAUAAUCCAGAAGACACUCCAGUAGCCACAAGCCCUGAUAAAGAAUGGGUAGAAUAUGUGGACUCCUUUGGAAGAUCAAAGAUGUGCUUAAGAAAGGAUCUUCCUCUUAUGAAAGAAAAAGAUGAAAAUGUCAAAUUGAAAUCUCUGGAAGAAAGUAAGCUGACAUUGUUAUCAGAUGACAUGAGACGAGAUAUGAUUAGAAAGAAAUGGGAGGAAGAAGUACAAGAAGCUUUAGAUAAACCUGUUGGUCCAGUUCAUUAUCAGGACAUGAUGUUUGGUGAAACGCGUCAGCAUGGUGUUGGCUAUUACAAGUUUUCUAAAGUCGAGGAGGAACGACAAGAACAGCAAACAGCGCUGAACAAACUAAGAGCUCAGACUGAACAACAGCGAAACAAAAGAGAAAAACUUCUGGAAAAACGAAAGGCAGCGAUGGACGCACGUUUAGCAAAGAUCCGUGCACGGAAACAGCAAAAACUGCACGAAGCUGGCGCGGUCGAAGACACGCAGGAAGAGGAAGAAAAAACAGAUGAGAUUACGAUUGAAGAUACGGAAGAAGAGAAGGAAGAAAAUGAAGUGAUGAUUGGCGCUAUGGUUGAGAGGAUCCGUAAUAAGACCACGAAGUUUGACAACAAAAAUGAGUGGGAAAAAAAGAAAGUUGAUCUAGAAAGAUUUGACAAGCCGAAAAAGAAGACGCCAAGCUACGAUCCUCGUAGCGAACGAAAUCCAGAAUUUGCACCGCCCUCCUUUUACGAGAAGACAAGCGAGACGCCUAAAAAAUUCUCAGAAACAAAAUGGGAAGGAGGGAAUCAGGGAGUUGAAGAAGAGACACAGAAUGUGUCUGUCAGCCAAGACAGGACUUCAGGAUUCAUACAACAUCAAUAUACACUAAACAAUCAAGAAACAUCCGAGGAUGAUCAUAAUACAAACUCUUCACAAUAUUCAAAUAUAGCCACCCAAAACUAUCAACCAAUCUUCAGCAACACAAAUCCUUAUGUCCAAAACACAAACUUUAUUCCUCCCAACACACAUCCAAAUCUACACACAACGUUCCCUAACCUUCCACCCCCUCCGUUUCCCAAUCUUCCACCCCCUCCUAGCCAUACUUUCCCUCCUCCAAACAUUCCACCCCCAUUCUUCCCACCACCUGUCCAGAUUCCACCCCAAUACCCUAUACCUUAUCUUCCCCCAUCCAUCCCCAAAAACCAGCAAUACCCUAAUGUACCCCAAAAACCAGUUUCUCCAAAAAUGUGUAUAUUAUACAAAGAAACUAAAUGAUACAAAGUGACUGAAUUGUUAUAAAGUCUGGUUGAAAACGAAUAAAAAUAUUUAUA